AUGUUCGGCUGGCCGGUAGGGUAUGACCCGCCCUUCAUGGUGCGUCACUUCAGUGGGCUUGUACGUCCUCGCGACGAAAUCAAGCUUCUGGCCGCCGCGGCUCUCCAGCGGAUGCAGGACCAGUACAACGCGCAUGUCGACUUCCGGACCAGCGAAGACCCGAGGGUCCGCGACAACGCCUUUAUCGGCGUCCACCUGCGUGUUGAGAAGGACGCCACAGACUACCACUACCUCUCGUACGAGGAUCAGCUCGCUUACCUCAAGCGACGGCUAAGGGGGCGCAAUGGUAACGCCACGCAUCCUCCCGACAUGACUCUGCCGGACACGGAGAAGUCGGUGCUCUACGUCGCAUGCGGCGACACCGACAGUAUCGCCCGUCUCGCCAAGGAUGUGGCGCCAAUAACCGUCGUGACCAAGAACGACCUGCUGCCUGAGGACACCUUCGCCGGCGCAUCGCUGCGCAACAUGACCUGGGACCAGCAGGCGCUCGUGGACAUGCUGAUCCUGGAGCACUCGGGUUACUUCAUCGGCGUCCGAGAGUCGACAUUCUCGUGGCAUCUGGCUUUGCAACGGGCGGCGGCUGUAAACUGGGUCACCGGCGGGUACCCUGGCAAUUGCUGGUUAAACUCUAGCGACAUAGAUAGUGCCAACAUAAGAAGCGGAUGCAAGUUCAUGCUACAAGACAACGAGGAGUGGCGCGACGAUUUAAGUGCUGUGGUAAGCAACGGUCAUCAGUGGGGAGGGCCUCACAUGGAGAUAUCGGUUUGGCCCUAA